UCUGUGGAGGUUGACUUCAGCGAGGGCUCCACACCAUUCUGGCUUCUCUGUCAUGGCAUCCAACAGCAUCUUUGACUCCUUCUCCAACUACAGCAGCAGUCUACUAAGAGAGCCGCCGACCACCAGACGGUUCACGCCGCCCUCCACAUCCUUCCCCUGCAGCAAGAUUGUAGACAGCAACGGGGCCAUGGCCACCGCAGGGCCCAUCAGGUCAAGACCGGACACCAGGAACGUGGUGGACGUCUUGGCGGACCACGCGGGCGAGCUGGUCCGGACCGACAGCCCGAACUUCCUCUGCUCUGUGCUGCCGUCUCACUGGAGGUGCAACAAGACGCUCCCCGUGGCUUUCAAGGUUGUGGCUCUUGGUGACGUCCCCGACGGGACUCUGGUCACCGUGAUGGCCGGAAACGACGAGAACUACUCGGCCGAGCUGAGGAACGCCUCGGCUGUAAUGAAGAACCAGGUGGCUCGCUUCAACGACCUGCGCUUCGUGGGCAGGAGCGGACGAGGAAAGAGCUUCACUCUGACCAUCACCGUGUUCACUGGACCGCCUCAGGUCGCCACGUACCACCGCGCCAUCAAAGUGACCGUGGACGGACCCCGCGAACCACGCAGGCACAGGGUGAAGUUAGAAGACCCCCAGAAGAUGCAGUUCUCAGACAGGCUGUCGGAGAUCGAACGCUACCAGCGGAGUAUGAGGAUAGGCCCGGGAAACGCCAAUCCUCGCCAAAUCCACCAACCCCACCUUGGCACCACACCAGCCCUGUGGCAGGAGCAGAUGGACACCCCCACCCUGAAGACCUGCAAGGUGGAGGAGGACCUGAGACCAUGGCCAGCGACUACAGAGCUCUUCCCGCAGAGGACCACCUUCCCGUCUCUGUCACCGCUGACCGACCCUCGCUUCUCAGAUCCCCGCAUGCACUACCCCGGGGCCUUCCCCUACUCCACCAACACCUCCAGCACCGGCAUUAGUGGCCUUAGCAUGUCAGCCUCUACUAGAUACCACACCUACCUGCCACCACCCUACUCAAACAACCAAUCCCAAAACUUCCAGUCCAACUCCUACCUGUAUUAUGGCACAGGCUCUGGAUCCUACCAGUUCUCCAUGGUGGCUCCGGGGAAUACCGGGGGCGAGCGCUCUCCCACCCGCCUACUGUCCUGCUCGGGGGCUACAGGCGCUGGCGGGACCAACAGCCUGAUGAACCCGGGCCUAAACACCCAGAGCGAGGGCGUGGAAGCCGACGGCAGCCACAGCAACUCCCCCACAGCCAUGAGCGCUUCGGGUCGCUUGGAUGAAUCUGUCUGGAGGCCUUACUGACUGACAGACAGCUAGACAAGAAGAGAAGGAGAAAACAAAGUAAAGAGGAUGAUGAACAAAGAAAAAAGAAGCUGAACACUGAAAGAAAAGAAGAAGAAAAAAAACAAAAAAAAAGAGAAAUGCUGCAUGUUUGUCUUUUAUUUCUCCGGCACUCGCUUUAAAGACCUUCUGCUUUCACCAAAUCCCCCGAGACUAUUUGUUUUGUAAAUUCUUGAACUCCUGCACUGUACCGAGGUACCGCCAAAGAACCGGAAAAGCCAUACGAGCUGACGCGUUACUUGGCAGAGACUGCAAACAGAAGAGAGAGUAAAACGAGUGAAGCCGCAGUAAUGUGCUGGCAUCGUUUGUCUUGUGCAAACAGGUACUCAUCAAAGACGAAUGAACAAAAGGCGGCGGAGGCGUGAUCAAUCAGCACAGCUGACGAACUGAAAAACCGCAGCAGAAAUCCCUCAAACAGACCGAUCCAGCUCACUCGGCGGGUGGAGGAGAGAAGUCGGACUCCUGCGAGGCAUGGCUGCACUGCUGUAGCAAUCCUUCCUUUUUGAAGCUUUAAUUUCUGUCAAAUUUCAACAUUGUAAAAACGAUUGAGUCAGUUGUGAAAACAUUGUCAGCUGCACCCAAAGGCUGUUUCGUGCGCUCACGGUGGUUAUGCAGUACCUUAUUGCCUAAUUUAUUAUCCAAAUGGACACGUUUGGAGCCACGCUGCGCAGUGGACGUUUCGACACAACUGCUGCAUUAUUGAGAAACAAAAGCAUUUUACCUGUCGUGUUUUUAGAUACGACUCCUCCUCUGCCGCGUCAUCAGUCGAUUGCGCUUCAACAGGACAGUGGCUGAUAUUUCAAGGAAUGUAUAAAGACUAAAGCAGAGGAGGGUUUCUUGGUUUUUUUGUUUUCCUGUAGGAGUCCUGUUGUCUCUACUCUUUACUUUUCCUUUGAUGUUCUUAUUCAAGCCCUUUUCUAAAGAAAAAAAAAGUCCCAGUCUGGUAUUUUUAAACUGGAUGAGACGGUUUACCUUUCAUAUUUAUUUGAGCCAAAAUUUGAGGAAAUGUAUGCAUAUACCCCAAAUCCUUAAGCAUUUCUCUCUGCCUUUCCUUUUUUUUUAUAUAAAUAUAUAUACAGUAUAUAUACCAUGUUUUGUUGUUAAGUAUAAAUUUGGAAUUUGUGUAAUAUAUUGCUACUAAAUUAUAAAAAAAACCAAAACCUUUAAUGUAAUUUUUUG